AUGCUUCGCCGUAGCAUGUGCCGCCUCGUCGGCCUCAACAAGGUUCAGACCUUGGAGCAGGCCGUCGCGGAAAUGACAGACGGCAUCUCCGUCGCGGUCGGUGGAUUUGGCUGCGUCGGCGUGCCAGAUGCGAUUAUUACUGCCAUGCGCAACAAGGGGGUAAAGGACAUUACUCUCUACACCGACUCGGCGGGUAUUGACGGCUUCGGUCUCGCCCGUCUCAUCGAGACUAAGCAGGUGCGCCGCAUCUGCUGUUCGUUCGUUGGCAUGAACAAGAUUUUCAAAAAGCGCUACCUCGAGGGCGACAUUGAGCUGGAGUUUGUGCCGCAGGGAACACUGGCGGAGCGCAUGCGUGCCGGCGGUGCUGGCAUCCCUGCCUUCUACACGGCGACGGCGUACGGCACACAGCGCCAGAUGGGAGGGCAGAUUAUCCGUUACAACAAGAACCGCGUGCCGUGCAUCAUCUCGGAGCCGAAAGAGACGCGGCAGUUCGGGGAGCGAUGGUACGUGCUGGAGACUACAAUCCGGUCGGACUACGCGAUUGUGAAGGCGCUGAAGGCGGAUAAGAGUGGAAACCUUGUGUUCCGCGGGACUGCGCGCAACUUUAACAUCCCCGCUGCACAGUGCGGACGAUGCGUGAUCGCGGAGGUGGAGCAGGUGGUGGAGAACGGCGAGAUCCACCCAGACGACGUGCACUUGCCUGGCAUUUACGUGGACCGCGUGGUGCAGGCCUCGUACGAGGUGCCGAUUGAGAAGCGGACUGUGUACGGUAGCGGCGCCGAGCCGAGCAGCGCGAACCAGAACUACGACCGUCAGAAGAUCGCGCGUCGCGCCGCGCUGGAGUUCGCGGACGGCACCUACGUAAAUCUCGGCAUCGGCAUCCCUACGGAGGCGGCGAACUACAUGCCCGCCAACAUGACGGUCACUCUGCACUCCGAGAACGGGCUGCUAGGCAUGGGUCCGUUCCCAACGUCGGACAAGGUGAGCGCUGACUGGAUCAACGCCGGCAAGCAGACGAUUUCGUUCCUGCCUGGGGCCGCGUGUUUUGACAGCGCGACGUCGUUUGCAAUGAUUCGCGGUGGGCAUAUGGACCUGACGAUGCUGGGUGCGCUUGAGGUUUCAUCCCACGGCGAUCUCGCAAACUGGGGUAUCCCUGGAAAGUUGGUCAGCGGCCCUGGUGGUGCGAUGGACCUCGUCGCGUGCGGCUCACGGGUGGUGGUGACGAUGUCACACUGCAAUAAGAGUGGCGACCCAAAGAUUGUGGAGCGGUGCUCGCUGCCAGUGACGGGCCUGCACUGCGUGAACCGCAUCAUCACGGAAAAGGCCGUGUUCGACGUGGUGAACAAGAAGCUCGUGCUGAAGGAGAUUGCGGAGGGUCUGACCGUGGAUGACAUCCAAAAGUGCACUGCUGCCUAUUUCGAGGUGGGCGAGGUGAAGCCGAUAGCGUACGCAGCCCCCAUGUCCAGCUCAAAGGAUGGGUGA